GACACUAUGAUUUAAUAUGUUAUACCCCAGAGAUUUUGUAUUGUCCGUAUAUAUAUAAUACACGGAUAUAACGCAGUUUGUAUCGUGUAAAUGUAUGCUUUAUUUUCUAUCGUAUCUACAACAAUCGCGUGUAUAUUAUUUUUUAUUAUCGUUAAAUUAUUUCGAUUAGAUGAACAUAUCAUUUUAUAUACGGUUUACUUCUAUCGCUAUUUCCAGUGUUUAUUAUAUCUGUGAAAUCAAAAAAUGGCAUUGCAACGUUCAACCGUUGCAUUUCAAACUAUCCGUAAUUUAAGAAAAAUUGAUGGAGAAAUAAAAUUACAUCUUCGAUCAAGAACUACAACACCCUCAGGUGCCAUUCUACCGGAACCAAAAAAAACACGUUUUGGCUUUUUGGGUGUUAUUUGCAGUGUCAUGACAGGAUUAGUAAUAGGAACUACAUUAAGUAAAAUGAUGGCUAAUUUUCUCGAAGAGAAAGAAUUGUUCGUACCUUCGGAUGACGAUGACGACGAUGAUUAAUUUAUUUUCGAUACAUAUUCUAUUUAAGGCAAAAAAUUUAAAUUAAUCUUAUUAAAUUUAUUCGCCUUAUGUUUUUCAUAUUAAAUCUUAAUUAACUUUAAACUUAAGUAUCUUCAAACUUUUUAUCGAUAGUAAAAUAUCGUAUCGUGUAUCGUUCUUCAAGCUUUAUUCGCAAGCAUAGUUGGUUUUUUCUACUUCCAAGAAUAGAUAUCAUUUUUCGUUUUAAUGAAAAUUUAUAUUAACAAAGUAAAGUCUUGCUGUUCGCUUUUGAUUUGUCGAUUUUUGAAAAUUUUCGCCUAAACGGCGAAAACCACGAUCGAUGAAAACUUAGUAAAAUCAGAUAGGAGAUAAUUACCUAGAUGUAUAAAACGUGGCGCGGGAAAUUAACUUAAUUAAAAGUUUAAAUAUCAAUUUGUUCAACUUAUCAACAGAGAACGAAUCCCUUGAAAACCUAAAUUGCUAAAUUGUACAGGGAAACGAUAAAAAUGGAAAUCAUUUAGCGCGAAUUCGCGAUGUCGCAGAUUAAACGAGAUUAUUUUUAUUAUUGUAUAUUAUAAAAAGAGAUGUAAUAUAAUUUAAGAAUUUUUUUGCAAGUAUACGAAUAUCAUAUGUAUAUCAUAUGUAUGUACAAGAGUAUUUUUAAUUCUCUUUGGAAUUUUACUUAUCGUUAGAAAAAAAAAAAAAAAUAUGGAAAUUAAAUUGCGUAUUUUAAUUUAUUCGACAUAAUUUUUAAAAAACGAAUGGAUUUUGCACAUAAAUGUACGUACAUUCAUAAAUAUAUUCUAUU